GGCGGGGUUGUGGGGUGGGAUAGGCUGCCGCACCAUGAGAGAUCCAUCCCGGAAGUGGUUGUUGGCCGUCUCCAUGCGCCGGUUCCUGGACUUCGUAGAGCCUAGGCGCGAGGCUCAGCUCGGGAGUUAAAGCCGGAGGGGACGCUAAGCGCCCUCCGCCUGGUACGCGAACCCGUGCGCCCGCGGGGCUGGCCCCGGCGCCAUCAUGCUGCUCCUGCCAAGCGCUGCAGACGGCCAGCGCACCGCCAUCACCCACGUUCUGACCUCUGAAAAUUUGUUGCCUUGAAGCAGAUGUAUUCCAUGCAAUACAUUGAAGCCUCUCUUAACGCUUUUAAUCACAGCCUCUACACUCUGUCAAGUUGAACCUGUGGGAAGAUGGUUUGAAGCGUUUCUUAAGAGGAGAAACAGAAAUGCUUCUGCCUCUUUUCAGGAACUGGAGGAUAAGAAAGAGUUAUCAGAGGAGUCAGAAGAUGAAGAAUUGCAGUUAGAAGAAUUUCCCAUGCUGAAAACACUUGAUCCCAAAGACUGGAAGAACCAGGAUCAUUAUGCAGUUCUUGGACUUGGCCAUGUAAGAUACAAAGCAACACAAAGACAGAUCAAAGCAGCUCAUAAAGCAAUGGUUUUAAAACAUCACCCAGACAAACGGAAAGCAGCUGGUGAACCAAUAAAAGAAGGAGAUAAUGACUACUUCACUUGCAUAACCAAAGCUUAUGAAAUGUUGUCUGAUCCACUGAAAAGACGAGCAUUUAACAGUGUAGAUCCUACUUUUGAUAACUCAGUUCCUUCCAGAAGUGAAGCAAAGGACAAUUUCUUCGAAGUAUUUUCUCCAGUGUUUGAAAGGAAUUCCAGAUGGUCAAGUAAGAAAAAUGUUCCUAAACUUGGUGAUAUGAAUUCAUCAUUUGAAGAUGUAGAUGCAUUUUAUUCCUUCUGGUACAAUUUUGAUUCUUGGAGAGAAUUUUCUUAUUUAGAUGAAGAAGAAAAAGAGAAAGCAGAAUGUCGUGAUGAGAGGAGAUGGAUUGAAAAGCAAAACAGAGCAACAAGGGCACAAAGGAAAAAAGAAGAAAUGAACAGAAUAAGAACAUUAGUUGAUAAUGCAUAUAGCUGUGAUCCAAGGAUAAAAAAAUUCAAGGAAGAAGAAAAAGCCAAAAAAGAAGCAGAAAAGAAAGCAAAAGCAGAAGCAAAACGGAAGGAGCAAGAAGCUAAAGAAAAACAAAGACAAGCUGAAUUAGAAGCUGUUCGGUUAGCUAAGGAGAAAGAAGAGGAGGAAAUGAGACAGCAAGCGUUGUUGGCAAAGAAGGAGAAAGAUAUCCAGAAAAAAGCCAUUAAAAAAGAAAGGCAAAAACUUCGAAAUGCAUGCAAGACCUGGAAUCACUUUUCUGACAAUGAGGCAGAGCGGGUAAAAAUGAUGGAAGAAGUGGAAAAACUUUGCGAUCGGCUAGAACUAGCAAGCUUACAGUGCUUGAAUGAAACACUCACAUCAUCUACGAAAGAAGUAGGAAAAGUUGCUCUGGAAAAACAGAUAGAAGAAAUAAAUGAGCAAAUUAGAAAAGAGAAAGAGGAAGCUGAAGCUCGUAUGCGACAAGCAUCUAGGAAUGCUGAAAAAUCAAUUGGUGGAGGUGGAAACGGCAGUAAAAAUUGGUCUGAAGAUGAUCUACAAUUACUAAUUAAAGCUGUGAACCUCUUUCCUGCUGGAACGAAUUCAAGAUGGGAAGUUAUUGCCAAUUACAUGAACAUACAUUCUUCUUGUGGAGUCAAGAGAACUGCCAAAGAUGUUAUUAGCAAAGCAAAGAGUCUCCAAAAACUUGACCCUCAUCAAAAAGAUGAUAUAAACAAAAAGGCUUUUGAUAAAUUUAAAAAAGAACAUGGAGUGGUACCUCAAGCAGACAAUGCUACACCUUCAGAACGAUUUGAAGGGCCAUGCACAGAUUCCACCCCUUGGACAACAGAAGAACAGAAGCUUUUGGAACAAGCUUUGAAAACAUAUCCAGUAAAUACACCUGAAAGAUGGGAAAAAAUAGCAGAAACGGUGCCUGGCAGGACAAAGAAGGACUGCAUGAAACGAUAUAAGGAACUCGUUGAAAUGGUAAAAGCAAAGAAAGCUGCUCAAGAGCAAGUACUGAAUGCAAGUAGAGCCAAGAAAUGACUUCAUGACAAUCUUUGUUGUGUGCAUUUUUAUAAUAAAACUGAAAAUACUGUACAAA